AUGUAUAGCUACGGUGAUAAUGGAUUGAUUGGAUUAGGUAUUAUAACAAGAAGACCCAGCGAUAAUUUACUGAACAAGAUAAGAUACAAAGAUGAUCGAAAGAGGGAGAUUUCAGACAGUAAUAUAUCAAUCAUAUCCGGGGCUUCUACGGUGACGAAUCGACGCUCCUUGAGUACAAGCACCACCAGCAGUAGUAAUAGUGUUGUUAUUGAUAACAAAUACUGCACUCAAAACAGAACUGGUGAUAGCAAUAAAACUGUCAUUGACAAUAGGAAUAAUGCCACCGACAAAGGUGCCUUGACACCAUCUCAGAAAUAUAGAUUGCAUAAAUUUGGUAGACAGGAUAAAUUGAGAAAGCAGAUUAUAAACAACGAUAGCCUAUUUGAUGGUUGGAAUGUUCCAGUAUAUUCUUAUUUAGGAGAAGAGUCUCUGGACCUACCAGUGACACCAAUACCUGGGAUGCAAGCAUUCAAUAGUGACACUAGUUUUAUGAGUUCAGUCUCCUCAAAUUUAUCAGAGGUUAACGUAAGGAAAUUCAGGGCACGAAGACCUGCUAAGAGAUUGGUCAGCAAUGGCAGUAUUACUAGUCUUGGUGAUGCAUCGUUGACGUCUAGGGACAAAUCAGACGUCCUAUGUGAAGGUAGGCCAAAUUGGUUACCACCUUUAGAAUCAUGUGAACGGGCCAAGACCGAAAGAAUGAUAAACAAGACAUUUGAAUCCAUGUUUCAAGUGGAACUUAAUAGGAAUUCAAGACGAUGGGAACUGUUGAAUCGAAACAGAUUAAAUUGGGAACGUUAUAUGAAUACCUUACACGAGGAUAACCUGCACAAGCUACGCAAGCUGGUAUGGGACGCAUCAAUAAAUCAGGAUUUGAGAUUAUCAUGUUACUCUCGCUUAUUUAAAAGGACAACUGAUAUCAAAAUUGAAUCAUAUAAUGAACUUGUUACCAAGUUGCUACAAAUUGAAUUCCCAGCCAGCAAACAAUUAGAGAUCGAUAGGACAGUACAAGAAAACAUCAAGUCCAAAAUUUCGUUUCGUGAAUAUAACGGUUCCGGUAAGAUCUUUAAUGAUUUACAACAACUUCUACAAAUCAAAUCAAUUUCCAAGAGAGGUCUCUUACAGGGUGAUGAAUUAUUAUUUUUCCAUUUUUUACAAAUGAAGUAUCAAAUGAGUGAUAUAUGGAACAUAGUGAACAUGAUUCAAUCAAAUUGUUUCCAUGAGAAUGUGCAGUUUAAGUUUGGUAAUAACACUUACAAUUUAAAUUUUUUCAAACUAGAGAGUGAGCCAAUCGAUUUCAAAAUGUUUUGGAAUAUAAUGGAAAGACUCAACCAUGAUCUCUUCCUGUGGGUCGUGGACAUUAUCGUCAUUACAAACAUGCUACAAAAUAAAUGGAACUAUAAGAUCCUGCUAUCAUUUGUAAUCAAUAUUCUUACAAAUUACCAUUUCGGAUUCAAUGAUCUUGUUGAAUUACAUACAUUAACAGACUCGAAUUUCAUCUUGCCUGCACAUCCAUUGGACUCAAGUGACGCAUUCGACAUCAACCACAAUUUCGUCAAGAAAUGGUCACGUUUCUAUGAGAAAAUGUAG